AUGGCGUCAACCGAGAUCGCCAGGCAAGCGGGAGAAGGUGCUCGCGCCGUCCCUCUGUCAGGCCAUGUUGGCUUUGACAGCAUGCCUGACCAGCUGGUCAACAAGUCUGUCAACCAUGGUUUCUGCUUCAACAUCCUCUGUGUUGGGGAGACCGGUCUGGGGAAGUCCACUCUGAUGGACACCUUGUUCAACACCAAGUUUGAAGGUGAGCCCACCCAGCACAACCAGCCAGGAGUCCAGCUCAAGUCUAACACCUACGAGCUCCAGGAGAGCAACGUGCGCCUCAAACUCACUGUCGUCAACACCGUGGGAUUUGGAGACCAGAUCAAUAAAGAAGACAGCUACAAGUCCAUUGUGGAGUUUAUUGAUGCCCAGUUUGAAGCAUAUCUGCAGGAGGAGCUGAAAAUUAAGCGCACGCUACACAGCUACCAUGACACUCGCAUCCAUGCCUGCCUGUACUUCAUUGCACCCACCGGACACUCCCUCAAGUCCUUGGACUUGGUGACCAUGAAAAAACUUGACAGUAAGGUCAACAUUAUCCCAAUCAUUGCCAAAUCGGAUGCCAUCUCUAAGAGUGAACUGACCAAAUUCAAGAUCAAAAUCACCAGUGAGCUGGUCAGCAACGGAGUCCAGAUCUAUCAGUUCCCCACAGAUGAUGAGACUGUGGCCGAGAUCAACUCUACCAUGAACGGCCAUUUGCCAUUUGCUGUGGUGGGGAGCACAGAGGAAGUGAAGAUCGGGAAUAAAAUGGUGAAGGCACGGCAGUACCCCUGGGGGACGGUGCAGGUGGAGAACGAGAAUCACUGUGACUUUGUGAAACUGAGAGAAAUGCUGAUCAGAGUGAACAUGGAGGACCUGCGGGAGCAGACACACACGCGCCACUAUGAACUCUACCGUCGCUGCAAACUGGAGGAGAUGGGCUUCAAAGACACGGACCCAGACAGCAAGCCCUUCAGUCUCCAGGAGACAUAUGAGGCCAAGAGGAACGAGUUCAUGAGUGAAUUGCAGAAGAAGGAAGAGGAGAUGAGGCAGAUGUUUGUCCAGAGGGUCAAGGAGAAGGAGGCGGAACUCAAAGAGGCAGAGAAAGAGCUGCAUGAGAAGUUUGACCGUUUGAAGAAGCUCCACCAGGAUGAGAAGAAGAAGCUGGAGGACAAGAAGAAGGCCCUGGACGAUGAGCUCAACAUGUUCAAACAGAAAAAGACUGCUGCAGAGCUCCUGCAGAACCAAGCACAACAGGCAGGGGGCUCCACCACACUCAAGAGGGACAAAGAGAGGAAAAACUUCUUUUAAUCUGUCUUGGCCGCCCGAAGAGGGGGAUUGCAGCUUCAGCAAGAACAAAAGCAUCCAAUACCUCUUCCUGUCUUUCUCACUGCAUCAACCUUUUUAUUCUUCUAUCUCAUCUCCUUUGUUGAUUAUGGCCUUAUGUGGACUCACAUGGUAUUUUUGACCACCUAAUCAAGCAAAAAACCCACGCAAGUUGGAAACCCUGUACAGCUCAGUCUGCUGUAGGCUAUGUAUUAGUGUAAAUAAAGAAAUAAAUCUUGUAGGAUCAGUGUUAAAUGACAGUAAACAGGAAUCAUCAACAGAGGUUCACACAGAUACAUGAUUUAUUGCUAAAACCUUUUAUUUGAUCUUUCAAAGUUGCAAUGACCUGCACUAUGCAUUGUUUUCAUUGUUUUCAAUAGAAAGUGCAAAGGAUAUUAAUACACUGCUGAAAUGUCAAGGCUUGCUGAAUAAUAAAAAUGAACUCAUUAAGAACAGUGGCACUCUGCACCAUGAAUAAUGUGCUAGUUUAAAGGGUGAUAAUGCAGUUUUUUCUGUUUUUCUUUUCUUUAUUCUUUCUUUUCUUUUCUUUUUUCUUUUCUUUUUUUUUUUUUUUGGAUGAGCUAGUUCAGUUCGAGAUGGAAAUCUCCUGCUUCCAGGACUCUUAGAAACAUUCUUGAAUCAUCAAACCAUCUUGCACACAAAAGUAGGUAAUAGCAAAAAAUUAAGUUUGAGUCACAAUCAUGCAAAAGCCAAAGCAAUAUUUGUACCAAGCACUUUGAGUGUACAAGCUUGAAUUUCUCAUCUGAAUACCAUGGAGGUCACAUGAAAUGCCCUUUACACAUUGUGCUUUAAUAAUGCCAAUUCUGCCAAUUCUAUAUUUUGCAUGCAUCCUCUUUUGGUUUCAUAACUUUUGUGAUCUUGACUUUUGCCCCACUCCUUGUUUUGUCUCUUAAUAACUUUUGAGCUCUGUUUCCCAUGCAUUUUCUGUUUUGUUGAAUUGCUGCAUAUUAAUAAUGUAUAUUUGCUCUGUCCAAUAAAUUUAGCAUCCAUUUUGCCAAAUAUUACUAUAAGGAGUUGAGCUGAAUCCCACAUAGAAGAACUGAAUAAAUCUCAUGCAUUUAUAUAAUUUAUAAGGAUAUAUUUUGUGUAUUGAAGUGGAGACUUGUUGUUUAUGAACUAUGAUCUUUGGACGUGACUCUUGAGUGUAAAGUAAACAUUUUGGUGUCAGAAAUUGCCAAACUUUUUUCUAGCAUCUUCCAUCACCUCUUGUAGUCGAAUACUCUUCCACACUACAAAUUAUUCAGUAUCUUACUGUCGUUCAAUUCUGUUGAUGUACAUUUUCAAUAAAAACAAAAAGUUCCAAAUA